CUGCAGCUACAAAUACACCACAUGGCCCCACUGCUCCUGUGCAUGUAGACGGAAACACCAGCGGGCCUCGGACUCGGACUCCACAGCUUGUUUGGAAAAAGGAAAAACACAAAUCUUACUCAGCUUAGAGUUGCACAACUUUUACUUUGGGAAGUUUGUUUGUUUAAAGAAAAAAGACCUUUAACUUGAAAGAUAUUCGCGCGAAGUAUCGAGGUCGAGGACUUUGAAGGAACACAGAUACCUUGUCGCACUCUCGCCUGCAGCAGCGACACUGAGGCCAACAUGUCGAGCGGCACCAACCAAGUGAAGAGCUGCCCCAUCCCCACCAAGGUUUUCACCCUGAAGGACUGGUCCCAGCUCCCCGACCGCUACAGCCAGACACCCGGGGGCACCCUCUUCUCCACCACGCCUGGAGGUACCCGCAUCAUCUAUGACAGGAAGUUUCUGUUGGAUUGUCGGAACUCGCCUCUGGCCCGAACCCCCCCCUGCUGUCUGCCCCAGAUCCCGGGGGUAACGGUACCUGCUACACACCCUAUGGGGAAAUUGCAGGAUCUCAAAGAGGAGGCUGAGGAGGAAGAGAAGGACAUUGCAGAUGACAACCAGUUUGAGAUGGACAUCUGAGCUGCAGUAUUACCUCCUGUGGAGAGUCAUUGGUUAAAAACACCUCCGGGGUCAUUGAUGACCCUAAUGCAUCACACGCAAACAAAGCUUUUUUCACCAUUUUUUCCCUUUUUUAUUUUUAAACAGUAGCUUUUGCGAGGAACCAAAAAGGAUAUAAACGUUAGGAAAACUGUAGGGUGUUUUUGACCCUAUCAAAAGUGUUAAGCUAAGAGAUGCUAUUGAAUGGGUUGAUGGGUCGCUCACUCACUUCGGAGCUGCUGCAGGAUUGACAAAAUCCGUUUUGAUUUCACUUUUCUUUUUUAAAUCUUUUGUAAAUAAGCAAAUUUACUAUGUUGCCUAUUUUUUAAGUUGGGGAGGGGAUCUAAGAUGAUUACAUUAAGACAUGUAAAAAGUGGGUUUUUUUCACUGCAGGCAUCAGUUUAGUUUAGUUUUUAUUUCCCUCCCAGGAAGGAAGGCAAACUUUCUUUAUGACGGGCAAACUAUGGAAAAAUCAGCUCUUAUUGUUAUGUUUGGAGGGGGAGAUGAAAUGUGAAUAAUUUCAAAUAAAGGCUGUUGAGUCAUCAA